CCUCAGAGGCGGGAGACCAGUCGCCUCCUCCCCUCUCUCCUCACUCACCUCCUCAUUCUCACCGAACGCAGACGGCAGUUUGCGCAGCAGAAGAGACGGUGCCAACUGCCAUGACGCACCGCGGUCUCUCCGGCGCGUGUCAUCAUUCCCGUGCCGUCCGUGUCAGCGUGUGAUGAUGUCAUCGCUUCUCUCAGGUGAUCGGAACGGAGCUUCUCUAACUUGGACCGACGCUUCUUUUUUCUCUCGCGGACCGGCAAUGUGGCGCAUGAAGCGGCGGAGUGCUGCAGCCCCGAGCUGCCUGUGAAUCAACUUUUCCAUCUGUGGAUGUGCAUCCGUGAUAUUUCACCGAGGACGAGCGCAUGACGCUCUGGCUCUGCGCCUCUUUCUGAGCGGCAUGGAACCGUGAGAGCAUGCGGAGACUCUCCGGAGAAGCCCGCUGCUCUGCGCGGCUGUGAGAAACAGUGACCCGACGAUGACGGCCGGAGCCCGGGAGGUGAUGGUCAACUCCUCCCCGGCGGUCGCAGCCAAUGCGGAAGGUGAAGAAAUCGAGGUUUUGGAAAGUACUGAAGUCCUGCCGGUGGCCCCAGAAGAUCAAUGGAAGUCUCUGUUUGACAAGUAUGACCUUGACAACUCAGGCUUCAUCAGUACUGAGCGCUUCAGGGACCUGUUGGCGACCCACGGAUCUGAGAUUGACCCUCACAAACUAGAGGUUCUGUUGGCCCUGGCUGAUGGUAAUGCUGAUGGAAAGAUCUGUUACCAGGACUUUGUGAACCUGAUGAGUAACAAACGCUCCAACAGUUUUCGGAGAGCCAUUCUGCAGGGGAGCAGGCAGCUGAAAGGCUGCAGUCUCAAUGAUGAGGUCGGUUUAGGACUAUCUCAGCGCCUGGUCCGGCACGUGGCCUAUGAAACGCUCCCCCGCGAGGUGGACCGCAAGUGGUACUUCGACAGCUACAACUACUGCCCACCCCCCUGGCUCAUCUUCAUCAUCACCAUCGUGGAGGUGGCUGUGUUCAUGUAUUAUGGCUUUAAGUUGGAGCGCCUGGUUCUCCAAGUAUCCAGUCCUUCGUUCCUGAAAAGUCCACUUCCGUACCACCCGCAGCUACGAGCACAAGCUUGGAGAUAUUUCACCUACAUCUUCAUGCACACGGGAAUCGAACAUCUCAGUCUGAACAUGGCCAUGCAGCUGCUGGUGGGGGUCCCUCUAGAGAUGGUCCACGGCGCCCUGAGGAUCGGACUUAUCUAUGUGUGUGGCGUGCUGGCAGGAUCCUUGGCUGUGUCUGUGACUGAUAUGACGGCGCCUGUGGUUGGUUCCUCCGGUGGAGUGUACGCACUUGUCUCAGCACACUUGGCCAACGUAGUUAUGAACUGGUCGGGGAUGAAGUGCCAGUUUAAGUUAUUCCGGAUGGCCAUGGCUCUGGUUUGCAUGAGCGUGGAGUUUGGUCGAGCGGUGUGGCUCCGCUUCUACCCACCAGCCUUUCCCCCGUGUCCCAACCCCAGCUUUGUGGCCCACCUGGGCGGGGUGAUGGUCGGCCUGACUCUGGGUGUGGUGGUGCUGCAGAAUUAUGAGCAGCGACUUCAGGAGCAGUCCUUGUUCUGGAUCUUUUUCUGCGUCUAUACACUGUUUGUGCUCUGCGCUGUCUUCUGGAACGUCUUUGCUUAUAGUCUGCUGGACGUGCGACUGCCUCCACCACCGUGAUGUGCCGGAUAUUAUCGCCAACCUUUGACCGCCUCUUUCCAUGGUGCAUCAUCUCGCUCAAGACAUCUCCGCACCAGUUCUUUUUUUCAUCAUGAAAUGACGUAUUUAUUGAUGGCAGCAGACAACAAGCCUCGGACUUCACCUAAGAGCAGCAAGUAAAGCCCUUAGCUUCUGCCUCCUUCUCAAACCCAACGGUGCCUAUUAAAUGGAGACUUGAUCCAGAUGAAAGUAUGUUCACACUUACCUCUAGUUUGGAGUGAGAGCAGGAAAAGCUUAGUUAACAUUUGUUUUCAUGAACUAUAAGUUGGUGUUUCAUUUGAGUAGCAUUGCCUGGGAGUCAGUGACUUACCCUGCAUCAAGUAUUUACAACAAAAGAGGGUCAUUGUUGGCGCAAAGUAUUGACUAUUGAACCCCAUCUUUGUUGUGCAGAGUGUAGCAGUGAUUGAAGAACUAGCACAAGUGCCAUUUAGGCUCCAAAGCUUUCAUUCAUGUUGCCAAAACAUUGCUUUAAGCACCAGGGAAUCAGUGUUGACAGGUGUCCUGGUGCUGCCUGCUAGUUCUAGGAAGAGAAAUGGAGCACAUAAGGAUUAUAACGUGCAGUAUAUGUUUUUGAAUUACAAAAAUGAAGCAGCACACAGGUCAUGCUUAACAAAAUAGAAAAACAAAAAACAAAAUUAGUGGUUAAACUUGGGUAGAAAGUAACACCAGUGACUAGAGUGUACUGUUACGCUGAUAACUGCGCCGCACAACCCUAACAAAGUAUUUAAAAUAUUUUUCUUUUUUUUGAAGUUGAUGUUAUUUUAUGUGUUUUGUGUGGUUCAGUCUGCUUUGUAAUGAUAUCGCUUGUCUGUAUCAUAUUUAAAAAGGAUGUUCUGCUGUGCUUUGGAGUUGAUGACUGCAAAUAUUUUAACCUUGUGGAUAUUUUGUAGAUUUGAUAUGUACAUAUUGGAGAGGA